AUGGAGAAGACUAGUAAAAUGCAAGAAGAAAAGCACCUCACAGGAACCUUGGUUCUCUCUGUCUUCACUGCGGUGCUGGGCUUCUUCCAGUAUGGAUACAGUCUUGGUGUCAUCAACGCUCCUCAAAGGGUAAUAGAGGCCCAUUACGGCCGUGUGCUAGGCAUUGCCCCUAUUGACAGAAGUGCCAUCGAUUUCACAGACACGAAUGGAAGCAUGAUCUUUCCAGAUCUAGAAGAACUGGAUGUAGGCAAGAGUACGCUCACUCUGUACUGGUCCCUGUCUGUGUCCAUUUUUGCCAUUGGUGGAAUGAUUUCCUCUUUCACUGUUGGAUGGGUUGGAGACAAGUUAGGCAGAGUGAAAGCCAUGCUGGCUGUGAAUGUUCUUUCUAUCAUUGGAAAUCUCCUCAUGGGGCUGGCAAAAUUUGGCCCAUCUCACAUCCUUAUUAUAGCUGGGAGAGCAAUCACAGGGCUGUAUUGUGGGCUAUCGUCAGGACUUGUUCCAAUGUAUGUUGGUGAGAUAUCACCUACAGCCCUUCGAGGAGCCUUGGGAACGUUGCACCAGCUUGCUAUAGUCACGGGUAUUCUCCUUAGCCAGGUCCUUGGACUAGACUUUCUGCUCGGCAAUGAUGACAUGUGGCCUCUGCUUCUUGGUCUAUCUGGUGCUGCUGCUCUUCUUCAGUUUUUCCUGCUCUUAUUGUGUCCAGAAAGCCCUCGGUAUCUUUACAUUAAACUAGGAAAGGUGGAGGAAGCUAAAAAAAGCUUAAAAAGGCUCAGAGGAGACUGCGACCCCACGAAAGAGAUCACCGAGAUGGAAAAGGAGAAACAAGAAGCUGCCAGUGAAAAGAAAGUCUCCAUCAGGAAGCUUUUCAGCUCUUCCAGUUACAGGCAGCCAGUCAUUGUGGCACUGAUGGUUCAAAUAUCUCAGCAGUUUUCAGGAAUCAAUGCAAUCUUUUACUACUCUACAAACAUUUUUGUAAGAGCGGGAGUUGAUCAACCAGUCUAUGCAACCAUUGGUGUUGGUGUCGUGAACACUAUCUUCACCAUUAUCUCCGUCUUCCUUGUGGAGAGAACAGGGAGACGGUCCCUGUUUAUUGCUGGUUUGAUUGGUAUGCUGGCAAGUGCCGUAGCCAUGACAGUUGGACUUGUACUCCUGGGCACUUUUGCUUGGAUGAGCUACGUGAGCAUGGUCGCAAUUUUUCUCUUCGUAAUUUUCUUUGAAGUUGGGCCUGGACCAAUCCCCUGGUUUAUUGUUGCUGAACUGUUCAGUCAAGGGCCCCGCCCUGCCGCCAUAGCCAUAGCUGGAUUCUGCAACUGGACCUGCAACUUCAUCAUUGGAAUGUGUUUCCAGUAUAUUGCAGAUCUGUGUGGCCCUUACGUGUUCACGAUCUUCGCCGUUCUGCUCUUAGGCUUCAUUUUAUUUGCACACUUUAAAGUACCAGAAACAAAAGGAAAGUCUUUUGAAGAGAUUUCAGCAGCCUUCCGUCGCAAGAGGCGCUCAGCCAUAAAAGGACACAAAGCUGCUACUGAACUGGAGGAUUUGCGAGGCAGCGAGGAGGCAUAA